AUGCCGGGGGGCGGAGGGCCAGGAGGAGGAGUCGAUAUGGGUGGUGGACCCGGAGGAGGCAACAGACGGAGGAUGCAGCAACAACCGACGUAUGCGCAAUACCAGCAGUAUCAACAGUAUCAGCAGCAACCCAUGUAUCCAAACUACAUGAACCCCUACGCUCAGCCGACGCCGUACUACCAUCAGCUGCCGCAUCAAUAUCAGAACGGAGGCAUGCCCUCUGGCUACAUGCACUAUCAGCAACAGCAGCCCUACGUGCGGUCACCACAGGCAAUGCCUCAACCUCAAUAUGUCCCCAUGGCCGGCGUGAGCGUUCAACAGCCGUAUUCGCAACCAUCGCCUGCUCUGUCAACGCCGUAUCACCCGCCUCCUGUACCUGCUGCCAACCCUGUUCAGUCGCCGCCUCCGCCCCCGCCUCCACACGUUGAACCUACGCCAGAGCCUUCAGUCGUCACACCUUCUGUAGUGUCCUCGGUCGUAUCCUCAUCAGUUGUCACGCCUUUCGCUGAGCCAUUCCACCCGGCAGCGGCGCACCCUGCCCCUGCCCCUACCCCUGCCCCCGCUCCUCAGAGUCCAGAGCUUCCCAAAGACGUAAAGGAAUUCCGCGCACCAGUAAGUCGAUCAUAUCCUAGUCAUGUUGGCUUCGUAGCUAAGCAAAGAAAGCUCCCUUGGACACCGCCCGAACAGGCGCCGUUCCCUAGAAGGGCUCCCAAGUCAAGACGACGAAGAAGAUUGAUGAGCGCGAAUGCUCAGAAUCUGACACUGCCUGUGGAGCAGCACGAGGGCGCUCUUGAGUCGGCCACCAAAAGCGGCGCGGAAGACAGCUCCCAAGCGAAGACCGAUUCCAAAAAGGCGGCGCCCUGGAGCUCCAAGGACACCGACUCUGAGAGCGCGACCCUGAGAGCAGACUCCCUGACGUCUGAAACUCCUAAGGAGAGUAACAGGUCGGCAACUAGCGUCUCGAACAUGGGUAGCCCGAAGGUGAAUGUGCCGGCAUCUGAGGUUCCCAAAGACAGUGCCAGACCCACCACAAGCAACUCCAACGCGUCGGCGUCCCGGCCUGCCGUUCCUGUCGUCCCAGUUGUUCCAGCUCUCCCGAAAAGCAGCCCCAAGGAAGCUAAGGCAGCAAGCAUCAGCCAGCCCGCAGAAGAGCCCAAGCAAGCAGCAUCUCAGGAGGCGAAGCCUACUGAAGCAGCGGAGGGCACGGAAGUUGCUGGUGCGGAGCAAGAGAAGGUCAAGGCUCCCCCGGCAGCUCCCGCCAAGGCGGCGCCGAAGUCAUGGAGUGGACUGUUCUCCGCAGCCGCCGCGGCAGCUGCUCCCAAGGCGCAGCCCACUACCAACGGCCCUGCUGCUCCGGCGAUGGCCAAUGGUGCCUCGACGAAUGGCGAUGGUGUUAUCAACGGUAGCGCACCCGCGUUCUCAGCAGGAAACACGAACUCCCUCGCAUCUGCCAUCCAGGACUUCCGCGUUAGCAAUGCUGCCAAGGUCCAGUUCAUCGAGCCGAGAGGCCUGAUCAACACAGGCAAUAUGUGCUACAUGAAUUCAGUCUUGCAAGUUCUUCUCUUCUGCGCACCAUUCUUCAACUUUUUGGAUCAGGUCAGCAAGAAGGCUGUACAUAAGUUCAAGAGCGACACGCCCGUCAUAGAUGCCAUGAUUAUGUUUAUGAGGGAGUUCCGGGUCAUCGACUCGACUGAAACAGUCGAGAAACUGCGCCGGAAGCUUAAGAGCGAGCAGCUGGAGCAAUACGGCGACUCGUUCAUUCCCGAGUUUGUAUACAAGGCCAUCCAGCCUCUCCCGGCGUUUGCCAGCAUGAGACGUGGACACCAGCAAGACGCUCAGGAGUUCCUGGGUUUGAUUCUCAACGCCAUCGACGAAGAAUGCGCCCAGGUAAUGUCAACGAGUGGCUCUACCAACGGGGCCGCCGAAACCCGGCCUACAUCCUCCGCCGCCAGCGUUGUUGAGUCAAACGAUGGCGCAGAUGGAUGGUUUGAGGUUGGGUCCAGACAGAGAGCAGUCGAGACGCGCUCCUCCGGGGCCAGCUCGACGACGCCCAUCACUCGGUUGUUCAGUGGACAGUAUCGAUCAGAGCUUCGCCGUCCCGGUGUGAAGGAUUCGGUGACCACCGAGCCUUUCCAAUCUCUUCAGCUGGACAUUGGUGCUCCGUACAUUCACAACGUUGUCGACGCGAUAAAGGGCCUGACGGUACCUGAGAGACUUCAAGGCGAUGCUGCCCCCAUGACUAAGCAAACCCUGAUUGAGACUCUGCCGCCGAUUCUCAUCCUUCACUUGAAGCGCUUCAAGUUUGACACCGAAGGAACGACCAAGAUUGGCAAAAAGGUCGGAUACCCUCUCGACUUGCAGCUUCCGGCGGAAGUUCUUUCAAAGAGACGACGCAACGCUCUUGUCUCUGAGGGUGCCGGCAUGCCCAAGUACAGGCUCAUCGGUGUCGUCUACCACCACGGCAAGCAAGCCAACGGUGGUCACUACACCGUUGACGUGCGAAGGCAAGACGAAAACGAGUGGAUCCGCCUGGAUGAUACGAUCAUUCGGCGUGUCCGCAGCGAGGACGUGGCCGAAGCCGGCGCGGAGGAGGAUGCCAAGGACACCGGCCGAUCGGGUCCUGCCUCGCGUGAUGCGUCGACCAACCGGUUCGGUGCCAUGGCAGACGACGACGAGGACGACGAUUGGAAGGAGGUCACCACCUCCGCCAAGGGUGGUGACAAGGGCGGCGAGAAGAAGUGGAGCGCCGUCGCCAACGGCAAUGGCACCGCCUCCAAGGGCAAGCCGGCCAAGGAUAACAUCAAGGACAACAAGGUUGCCUACCUGCUAUUCUACCAGCGAGUCUGA